CUGAACGUCAUCUUUCCUUGUGACUUGCUGAUUCUGCACUUCUGGAUUUGCAGCAAGACUAGAAAAGGCAAAUUGCUCAGCUCUCUGAAAUAUCUGCAAGAAGUGCUUCUAAAGAGCCCUGGCACCUGGUCGAGAAGCAAGGAGUCCCCUGGCCAUUCAAUGAGCCGUGGUUGUGGGGGCAAAACCAGAAGCAAAACCGGAAGUGCCCCCACUUCUCUGCAUCGCUUCCCAAGUACCCCCUGGUUGACAUCCCCUCCUCUAAGGUGUUUGAGUCUCUUCAACUCCAUCUGUAGGCUGACUGUGAAAAUUGUCAUGGAAGAGAAGGAGCUGCCUUAUGUGUUGACAGACAGUAUAGGAGGGACACAUGGAGUGUAUUUGGAGCACACGGAGUUUCUGAAGAAAUAUUUUAACCUUGUUGCCAUGAAGGAAUUUCUUGAAAACCAAAAAUGUUUUGGUGAAAAGAUCAAAGCUAUUUAUAUAUGGUGGCAAAAGCCAGCUGUUAACCAGGAGCUGCUCCAGAGCCUUCCUAACUUAAAGAUGAUAGCAAACUUUGGGGUAGGAGUGGAUCACUUGGAUUUGAAACUGAUCUCUAGCUUUGGAGUGAAAGUGACCAAUACCCCGUUUGCUGUGUCUAAUGCCACUGCAGACCUGGGCAUAGCUUUAAUGCUAGCAUCUUCCAGGAGAUUGGUAGAAGGAUGUCAGAUUGCAGUUUCCCCAGACACUGAGCAGUUUGCUGCUGACUGGCUGGGAGAGGAUGUCACUGGGGCGACCCUUGGGAUCAUUGGAAUGGGCAGGAUUGGCUAUAAAGUGGCCAAGCGGGCCAAAGCCUUUGACAUGAGAAUUCUGUAUCACAACAGGAACCGGAGAAAGGAGGAAGAGGAGCAGGCUGUUGGUGCUUGUUACUGUGAAAAAAUGGAAGACUUGCUCCAGAAGUCAGAUUUUGUGAUGUUGGUUGUGAACCUGACACCUCAGACACACAAACUGAUUGGGAAAAGAGAACUAGAGCUGAUGAAACCCACUGCUACUCUCAUUAACAUCUGCAGAGGCCCAGUGAUUGAUCAAGAUGCACUGGUGGAAGCACUUCAGAAUAAAGUUAUCAAGGCUGCUGCACUGGAUGUGACUUACCCUGAACCUCUGCCAAGAGAUCAUCCUUUGUUAAAAUUAAAGAACAUUAUAAUUACUCCUCACAUUGGAACUGCUACUAAACACGCACGGUGGCUCAUGAUGAAGAGUAUGGUUGAAAACAUAUUUUCUGCUCUGAAUGGUUUUCCUAUCCCUAAUGAAGUAUUUCCUUAAUGUGACUUCUGUCUCUAGUGGGUUAUGGAAUAGAGAAGAUCCCACACAACUUACUGAUUCAUUUGAUGCACUAGCUGGGGGAGUAUCUAGUUGACUGCACAAUUUCACAAUGAUUGCACACUUAAUUCAUAUAACACAAUUUUAUUUUAAAAUUCUUUGCUACACAUAUAACACUGCUUAACUUUAAGAAAUACCACAAACAUUAAGAACACAAUAACUACAUAUAUCAGAAACAAUGCUCCAAAUGCACUUCCUUCCCAAACAAUGCUAUAAGAAUUAGUAUUACAAAAACAAUUACAAUUACAACUAAAAGUUAAAUUUGAAUCAAUACUAUUAUUUUCAUAAUAUACUUACAAUCCUAGAAUUCCGUGAAGCCAAACACCUAAAUAUGGUUUCAUUCCUCAGUAGUAUGGUUCAAUGGUCUGGCUUCAAUACUGAUAGGACUAAGUCCCCUUCCUUCAGUCCCUUUCGGGUGCUCCGCGGCUUCAGCAUGAACUAAGAGAUUCGUGUUCACGGAGAGGGUGGUUCAAGGGAUCAGUCUGAUCUGGCCUACACUUGCAAUUCUUCCUUUGUUGUUCUGCAAGUGAAGUUACCUCCAAAUUGGGACAGUAGGUUACGGUUUUUAUUGAGUGAGUUGCCGUCUUGGGCCCCUCCUACCCAAACCUGUCACUACUCCCAAAUUUGGGCUCAGAUCUUACUUAACAGAUUCUUUUGAUUGGUAAUUAGUUUUUUGUUGACCAUUUUAAUUACUUUGAGGAAUUUCCAUAUCACUGAAUUGACUUUUAUUUCCAAUCUUUUAAAAGGCUCCUAGGUUUGAUUUCUCGGAAUGUGGGAUGUUUGCUUAAGAGUCAUUUUUAUGUUAGCUUUGUUAAAGGCCUCUAAAGAUAAAAUUCAAGAGUUAAGACUUUGAGCAAAGUCAGGACCUUCUGCAUGUAGACCAAAACAAUGGCCUAGAUAAGACGAUAAAUCUUGUCUUCUUCCUAAACUGGCUAAUGGGCAACUAUUACAAACAUUCAAAUAUUACAUUCAAUAUGACAACUUCUAUUUGGCAAUAGCUAAUGUUUAUAUUAAUGAAAGGAAAUACUAAUUUGAAUCUUAUGUAUAUAAUUAGUUUAUGCGUGUUAAACAAUAACAUGUAGAAGUAAAAUAUUUGUUUUUAAGUUUAUUUUGAUUUAACUAUAAAAAAUUCUUCGUGAAAAUCAUGGAGUACUUCAUCCUAAGCUUAACAUGAAUGAGUAACUUGGCUGCA